CAGUAGGGGGCACCGGCGCGCAGCUGGGCCAGGGUCCCCCAGCGCCGCCCUGCGCGGAGCCCGACUGCCGUCGACGCCAUGCGCGCGCUGCUGCCGCUCCUGCGCACCGGCUGGGGCUGGCGCGCGGGGUGCCCCGCUGCCGCCCGCUUGCCCCGGGGAAAGAGUGCAGGGCCCGGGCCGCACCGCGCCAUGGCCUUCUACCGUACGGAGGAGCGCGGCCAGCCCUACUCCCCCGAUUACCGCCUCUUCUUCAAGAAUGUAGCUGGUCACUACAUUUCCCCCUUUCAUGAUAUUCCUCUGAAGGUGGACUCAACAGAGGAAAAUGGCAUUCCUACAAAGAGAGCACGAAAUGAUGAAUAUGAGAAUUUGUUUAAUAUGGUUGUAGAAGUACCUCGGUGGACAAAUGCUAAAAUGGAGAUUGCCACAAAGGAGCCAUUGAAUCCCAUUAAACAAGAUGCAAAGGAUGGCAAGCUACGCUAUGUGGCGAAUAUCUUUCCUCACAAGGGUUAUAUCUGGAAUUAUGGUGCCCUCCCACAGACUUGGGAAGAUCCCCAUCGAAAAGAUAAGAGUACAGACUGCUGUGGAGAUAAUGAUCCUAUUGAUAUUUGUGAAAUAGGCUCAAAGGUUCUUUCUUGUGGAGAGGUUAUUCAUGUGAAGAUCCUUGGAAUUUUGGCUCUUAUUGAUCAGGGGGAAACAGAUUGGAAAAUAAUUGCUAUCAAUGUGAAUGAUCCUGAAGCCUCAAAGUUUCAGGAUAUCGAUGAUGUUAAGAAAUACAAACCAGGUUACUUGGAAGCUACGCUUAAUUGGUUUAGAUUUUAUAAGGUGCCAGAAGGAAAACCAGAAAACCAGUUUGCUUUUAAUGGAGAAUUCAAGAACAAGGCUUUUGCUCUUGAAGUUAUUAAAUCUACUCAUGAAUGUUGGAAAACAUUGCUUAUGAAGAAGUGUGAUGGAGGGCCUAUAAAUUGCACAAACGUGCAGGUAUGUGACAGCCCUUUCCAUUGCACUCAAGAGGAAGCAAGAUCAAUAGUUGAACUGGUGUCAUCGUCACCAAAUAAGGGAAGAAAUAAAGAGGAAGAGCAAGUGUGGCACUUCCUUGGCAAGUGAUUCGAACAUUUGAAGUUCUGCCAUCAAGAUUCCAAUCUCCAGGAAUUCCACGACUCCCUCUCCCCCAAGUGCUAGCAACAGGCAGAUCUAUGAGAAUUUACUGAUUUCCUCUUGAAACUUUUUUCCCCCAGCGUUUUUUGAGAUAUACAAUAUGUAAAUAAAGAC